CAUCACUCUGAGCCGUCCUAUAAGAUCCAUGUUGGAUGAUACGCCAUUGCACCAUGCUGAAGACCUCUUAGUUAUAAUUUCUGUGGAGACGACACUUGUCUGCCUGAGGAUGAAAUCAAGAAGGAAUUGAUUAAUCACUUCAAUUCAUGUGGCGAAGUCUUAAGCGUUAUCGUUCCCAAAGACCCUGAUGAUAGCCCUAAUCUCCACAGACGUGCUGUUGUUAUUCUUCUCGGAGAUGGCGCAGAAGAGAAGGCCUUGCAACUUAAUGGAACUGACAUUGGAGGAUGGAAUGCUCUUGUUAAGGUUGAACCGGAACAAGAAGACGAGGAGUCAUCACGCUAUAGAUCCUCUUUGAUUGACGAACUAAUGAAUGACCCAAAAUUUUGGUAUGGCGUUUCGGUUAGGGGAUAUGACACUUCCCUUCCUGUAGACCAAGUCGAGAGCGCUUUGAAAAAACAUUUCUCUUACUGUGGAGAGAUAACUCAUGGUUUUGUCAAUACUCUCGACAAGCAGACUAAUAUCUAUUUUUCCCUACAAGAAGAAGAAGCUAGGGCUCUGGAUCUUCAUGGAACUAAAGUGGGAGGAUUCAAAUUAGAUAUUUCUCGCGUACCUUCAGUCCUAAGUAACCGUCCCCUUGGCAACGGUCAAAUUGGUUUGGGCUAUACUGUCCCAGCUCAUAUGAUUGAGUUUGCCGGCAAGACCGACGACGAUACCGACGACGAGAUCGAGGACAAGGUCAUUGCUUUCAAGAAGCAGAGGAGAUUUAUCUAG